GCGCUCGGCUGCAAUGGGAGCGCUUCUUUGCGUGUCACGUCGACGUAUAUAAAACAUUUCUGCCUCACUCUCUUCCUUUGUGAUAAUGUCUGCUGAGUACGAUGACAGAGACAAUGGCCCCGAGGGCAUGGAGCCAGAUGGCAUCAUUGAGAGUAACUGGAGCGAGAUCGUCGACAGUUUCGAUGAGAUGAAACUGCGUGAGACUCUGCUCAGGGGAAUCUAUGCCUAUGGUUUUGAGAAGCCCUCGGCUAUCCAACAGAGAGCCAUUAUCCCUUGUAUCAAGGGUUAUGAUGUGAUUGCUCAGGCCCAGUCAGGCACUGGGAAGACAGCAACCUUUGCCAUUUCCAUCCUGCAGCAGAUCGAUGUGGCUACGAAGGCCUCUCAAGCUCUGGUCCUGGCCCCCACCAGGGAGCUGGCUCAGCAGAUCCAAAAGGUGAUCCUGGCCCUGGGUGACUACAUGGGAGCCACUUGCCAUGCUUGUAUUGGAGGGACCAAUGUCCGCAAUGAAGUCCAGAAGCUGCAGGCCGAAGCCCCCCACAUUGUGGUUGGAACCCCUGGCCGAGUCUUUGACAUGCUCAACCGCAAGAUGCUCUCUUCCAAGAACAUCAAGAUGUUUGUGUUGGACGAGGCCGAUGAGAUGCUGAGUCGAGGGUUCAAGGAUCAGAUCUACGAGAUCUUUCAGAAACUAAGUAGCAGCACACAGGUCGUGCUACUCUCUGCCACCAUGCCAGCUGAUGUCCUGGAGGUUACCAAGAAGUUCAUGCGUGAGCCCAUUCGGAUCUUGGUCAAGAAGGAGGAGCUGACCCUGGAGGGUAUCCGUCAGUUCUACAUCAAUGUGGAGAAGGAGGAGUGGAAGCUCGACACACUGUGUGAUCUCUAUGAAACCCUGACCAUCACCCAGGCCGUCAUCUUCAUCAACACCAGGAGGAAGGUGGACUGGCUCACCGAGAAGAUGCAUGCCAGGGACUUCACUGUCUCUGCCCUGCAUGGUGACAUGGACCAGAAGGAGAGAGACCUGAUCAUGAGGGAGUUUCGCUCUGGCUCCAGUCGGGUCCUCAUCACCACUGAUCUGCUGGCCAGAGGCAUUGAUGUCCAGCAGGUCUCCCUUGUGAUCAACUAUGACCUACCCACCAACAGAGAGAACUACAUUCACAGGAUUGGACGAGGUGGUCGUUUUGGCAGGAAAGGCGUGGCCAUCAACAUGGUGACUGAGGAUGACAAGCGGACCCUGAGGGACAUUGAGACCUUCUACAACACCACCGUAGAGGAGAUGCCCAUGAAUGUGGCCGAUCUCAUCUAGAAGAAUCCGCCCGCCCUUUGUCCAGCCCCGUCCCCUCAAUUUAAGAAGUCAAACCUCAAGUCCUUGCUGAUCUGAUGUGGAUUCUCCAUAAGAACUUCUGUUUCUUUGCUUAAUCCUACCAUGGCUUUACAAAAGACUGCAGACUUUAUGCUUUUCUUGUUUCCUUUAAUUCUAAUUCCUAACCUAGAAAUUGUUUUGGCUGUCCCAGGUAGGAGAGGAGUCAAUUACUAGCCUGCUCUAUCUGCCUGGAGUUCAGUAUUCAAGUCAUGGCCUUAAUAUUUCCUCUUUAUAGUCCUACCCAACAAAAAGCUGACUGAAAGCAUUAAUCUGAAACAUUUCAGUGCUAGUCCUUCCUUGAGGGACAUGCAUGCAAUUUUUUUUAACUGAAAUGUUGUGCGAAUAAGUAUGAAGUUGUUAAAAUACCAACAGUAUCCCCUUUUGCACAAAGCAUAGCUAACGUUAACAGACUUGAAAUCAGGAAACUGUAAUGUUAUUAAUGAAAACAUGACUAAUGUAUUAAAUUGAAAUACAAAUUAAGCAUAUAUCAAAAUAACAUGCUACCAGCAUUGGUGUUAGCAUUGUUAUAAAGUUGUGAAAUUUUAACUUGUCAUCUGUCAGUUGUCAAUUUAUCCUGUGAAAUCUGAUUGCUGUUGGCACUUUGAGGCCACCAUAAACUAGCGGCAAGCUGACUGCUAACAGUAAAGUUAGGACUGAAGGAGAUUAGGAUUGCCUCAAAGACUGCAGCUCAGUCUUGACUGAAUCAAAACAAAAUGACCUAAAUGAAUUGAUAGACUUUUAGAAAGCGUUCCAUUUGACCAGAAUAGUACUUACAGGUAGGACCUUAAGUGUACUUGCAGAAACGACCUCUUAAGGAGAAAAUCCAUAAUCAUGUCAAGAGAACGGGGUUUUGGGCCUCAAUAUCCAGGGCAACUUCAAUAAAGAGACCUGUAUAGUAAAAUCCAUCAUGAAUGACUUGUUUCCCCCUUUGAUCUUUUUCUCUGCUGUGCGAUUCUUGUUCGUACUGCCUAACUUGUAUAGUCAAAGUUGUGAGGUAGAAUUCUUAAGUUUGAGACCGACUUCAUGGUGCUGACUGCAGUUGGGAGGCACAGACACAGUGGUGAGUGUGUGGACAACUUGCCUCUGCUUUUCACGAUUUUGGUUGGAUUUUCAUCACUAGCUCUUGAUAUACGUACUUGUUUGAUUUUUUUUUUCUUUUUUUUUUCCCUGCCAAGAAAUAUCAGAUAUUUGAUAAGGUGGUGUCACUAUUGUAACCUACCUCACCAAAAUGUUAGAGGGGGUCUUUGACAUGAAAGGACCAAACUGCAGAUGAUUGAAUAUAUAGAGAUUAUAGCUUUUUUCCUUUUCUUUUUUUAUGUUGAAAACAAAAAUGCCUGUCGUUGGGGGGGUGGGUGUCUGGGUUAGAAGAACAGUAAUGUUCUAGGGGUUUAUGCUCAGUGCUAUUUUUUAAAUGACUUUAUUAAAAAUGUGAUGGAAUUGUUAACCUUUUUGAGACAGAAGCCAUGUAUCAACUUUUCUACAUCGGAUUCUGUAUAGUAUUUAUUUUAAUGGUUUUAAAAAUAAAGGUAUUACUCCUUUUUAACAAGUAUAAACUGGCCUUUGAAUUGUGUCAUGAAGUGGAAACUCUUAGGUCAGCUCAACAUGUACAAAGGUGGUGUGUAUUUUAUUGCCCUGCAAUAAAUGAACAGGCUCAUUCACAGCAAAAACGA